AUGGCAUCAGGAGAAGUGGGCAGGAGAGAGGAGCAGCAGGAGAAUCGGGCAGCAGGGGAGCGGGAUUGGGAUGUUGUUUGUCAGGGCUCUCCUGCGUUUCUCAUCAGGGAGCUGCGAGGAGGCCUCUGGCCAGGGAUUUGGGGUCUCAUUCACCCCCCAGGAUUUGGGAUCUCGUCCAUCCCCCAGGAUUUCGAGUCUCAUCCAUUCUUCUGGGUAUUUGGGAUUUCAUCCCUCCCCUGGGAUUUGGGGAUCUCAUCCAUCCUCCAGAGAUUUGGGGUUUCAUCCAUCCCCCAGAGAUUUGGGAUCCCAUCCAUCCCAUCAGGAUUUGGGAUCUCAUCCGUCCCAUCAGGAUUUGGGGAUUUGAUCCAUUCUCUGGGAUUUGGGGAUUUAAUCCAUCCCCCCAGGAUUUGGGGUGUCAUCCAUUCCAGCAGGAUUGGGAGUUUCAUCCACCCCCCAGGGUUUGGGGUCUCAUCCAUUCUCCUGGGAUUUGGGAUCUCGCCCAUCCCGCAGGAUUUGGGAUCUCAUCCAUCCCCUGGAGAUUUGGAGUCUCAUCCAUCCAUCUGGGAUUUGGGGUCUCAUCCAUCCACCGGGAUUGAGGAUUUCAUCCAUCCCCCAGGGAUUUGGGGUCUCAUUCACCCCCCAGGAUUUGGGAUCUCGUCCGUUCCCCAGGAUUUCGAGUCGCAUCCAUUCUUCUGGGUAUUUGGGAUUUCAUCCAUCCCCUGGGAUUUGGGGUCUCAUUCAUCCUCCAGAGAUUUGGGGUUUCAUUCCAUUCCCUGGGAUCUGGGAUCUCAUCCAUCCCUGGGAUUUGAGGUCUCAUCAGUCCCAUCAGGAUUUGGGAUCUCAUCCAUCCCUCAGGGAUUCAGGAUCUCACCCAUUCCCUGGAGAUUUGGGGUCUCAUCCAUCCCCCAAGAUUCGGGGAUCUCAUCCCUCCCACCAGGAUCUCAUCCAUCGCUCAGGACUGGGGAUCUCACCCAUCCUCUGGGAUUUCGAGUCUCAUCCGUUCUUCUGGGUAUUUGGGAUUUCAUCCCUCCCCUGGGAUUUGGGGGUCUCAUCCAUCCACCAGGACUGGGGGUUUCAUCCAUCCCCUGGGGAAGGGAAGGAAAUUCCCAGCCCAAACAUCCUCCCGGGGCGGGGGAGCCCUGCGGGGAUCCUGAGGAGGAGGAGGAGGAGCGGCAGCAGCGAUGUCCCGAUGGAUUCCCACCAGCCUGGACCUGA